AUGUUCCACGACCCGCUCUCGCGGUGCAACUGCACGCCGCCGUACACCGGCGAGUACGCCAUUGCCGCCCGCUGUGACCUGAAUGAGAAGGACGGCCGCUAUCCGUUUGAGAGUCUGAAGUUUCGCCCUCACGGCGCCAUCGACGCCAAGAUGACCAGCGCCUCGCUGGUGGCCAGCCUGCAGAUGGUCGCCGUCAGCGGGCCGACCGACCAGCCCACGGUGCCGCCCUUUAGCUGGGCCACAACUAAAAUUACCGAUCAGCGACACGUCGACCAGCCGACGGAGUGGCGCUUCAAACCGGUGAGAACGGUGUGGAAUGGCGAGGAGGCGGCGGAGACGGGCUUUCCCAACUUUGAGUUUGAUUUGUGA